UGCUGUCAGUGAGCUGCAGAGUGGGCAGGAAGGGCGGAAGCUGGGUACCUGUAUGUGCCUGUAUUCUCUUGCACAUACUCGGCUUACUGUACUGCUCGUUUUGCCGCUGACAGCAGCGGGCCCGGUAAUCCAGGGAGGUGCAGCAAGACCCACAACCCACCGGGCCCAGGGCGUCUGUCCCACUUAUGGGCCCCUGCAGAUGCCUAAUGUAUCCCCGCACAGUGACAUUUCUGCAGCCUACGCCUGUCACAAUUCCUCUCUAGCAUAAACUGAAGCAGUUGGUGAACAGUAGAGCCAUCAUGGAGUUGGCCCAUAGCUUGUUGCUGAAAGAAGAUGCCUUGGCCCAGAUCACAGAAGCCAAGAAAUCUGUCUUCAUUUUUGAAUGGCUGCGUUUCCUGGACAAAGUUCUUAUUGCUGCAAAUAAGACAGAUAUCAAAGAGAACCAGAAGAAACUUGUUGAGCAGCUCACAGGGCUCAUAAGUAGCUCCCCAGGACCUCCAACCCGCAAACUACUGGCUAAGAACCUUGCUACUCUUUACAGCAUUGGGGAUACUUUCACAGUCUUUCAGACUCUGGACAAGUGCAAUGAAAUGAUCAAAAACAAAGAUGACACACCUGCCUACCUUCCAACCAAACUGGCUGCUGUGGCUUGUGUUGGUGCUUUUUAUGAAAAGAUGGGUAGAAUGUUAGGAAGCUCCUUUCCUGAAACCGUUAAUAAUCUGUUGAAAUCAUUGAAAGGUGCAGAGUCGCAGGGUCGUAGUGAAAUCUUAAUGAGCCUGCAGAAAGUUCUUUCUGGCCUUGGAGGUGCAGCUUCCUCUUCCCAUAGGGACAUCUACAAAAACGCUCGAUCUGUUCUUACUGACAGGUCCAUGGCUGUACGAUGUGCUACAGCAAAGUGCCUCUUGGAGCUACAAAGUGAAGCAGUAUUUAUGUGGACAGCUGAGCUAGAAAAUGUAGCAACCCUUUGUUUCAAAGCAUUGGAAGGGUCUAACUAUGGAGUGAGAGUUGCUGUUUCAAAGCUGCUGGGAACUGUCAUGGCUACAGCUUUAAUGCCAAAGCAAGCAACGGUAAUGCGACAAAAUGUGAAGAAGGCCACUUUAGAAGAAGUGUUGGAGCUGAUGGCUACAGGAUUUUUGCGAGGAGGCUCUGGAUUUCUCAAAAGUGGUGGAGAAAUGCUAAAAGGUGGAGGAUCAAUAAGUCGAGAAGUGAGAGUUGGUGUGACACAGGCAUAUGUGGUUUUUGUGACGGCUCUGGGAGGAAAAUGGUUGGAGCGUAAUUUUGCAACAUUUCUGUCUCAUGUGCUUGAUCUGGUAUCACACCCUCGGGCCACCCAGACACAUGUGGAAGCUGUGUACUCACGGAGAUGUGUGUCUUUUAUCUUGCGAGCUACAGUUGGCAGCCUUUUGGGAGAAAAAGCACAAAAUGCAGCUGCUAAAGAGAUCUGUCAAGCCAUCAGUAAGCAGAUGAAAUCUGUGGAAGCUGUAGUGAAUGAUGCCAACAAUGACAAUAAAUCUGGCACAGCAGAUGUUUCUGCGAGUCAGCAUGUUAUGGUGUGUGCCCUGCAGGAGCUUGGGAGUCUGGUGCAAAGUUUGAACUCAACAGCAUCACCACUUAUUCUGGAACCUUCUAUAGGGCUCUUGGAUACUGUGACAAAUGUCUUACUGCACCCCAGCAUGGCAGCUAGACUGGCUGCUGCAUGGUGCCUCCGUUGUGUUGCUGUGGCACUGCCCUUUCAGUUAACACCACUUCUGGAUAGGUGUGCGGAAAGGCUGAACAACCUGAAGAAUUCCCCUGAAGCAGUUAGUGGGUACAGCUUUGCCAUGGCUGCUUUGCUUGGUGGCGUGCAUCAGUGCCCAUUGGGGAUUCCACACUCCAAAGGAAAGAUGGUUGUCGGCAUCGCUGAGGAUCUGUUACGCACAGCUGCCCAAAACAGCAGACUUUCUUUGCAGCGCACUCAGGCAGGUUGGCUUUUGCUGGGUGCUUUGAUGACAUUAGGGCCCUCAGUUGUACGAUACCAUUUGCCUAAGAUGCUUUUGCUUUGGAGAAAUGUGUUUCCUCGUUCCUUGAAGGAGCUGGAAGCAGAAAAAGCCAGAGGAGACUCCUUUACCUGGCAAGUUACCUUAGAAGGUCGUGCAGGAGCACUUUGUGCCAUGCGGAGUUUUGUUGCUUAUUGUCCAGAAUUACUGACUGAGGAUGUGAUUAGAAAGUUAAUGACUCCCAUUGAGUGUGCCAUGACUAUGAUGUCACACAUUCUCUCUGUAAUAAAAGCCCACGGGGCACACCUUAAGGCAAGUGCUGCGAUGGUCCGACUGAGACUCUAUGACAUUUUGGCAUUGUUACCACCUAAGACAUAUGAAGGGAAUUUUAAUGUUCUCCUUCGUGAACUAGUGGCUGAGUUUACUCUGACAGAUAACUCUUCAAACACCACCACAUCACUGCUGCGCUCUUUGUGUCACUAUGAUGAUAGUGUGCUGCUAGGCUCUUGGCUUCAGGAAACAGACCACAAAUCAAUUGAAGAUCAACUCCAGCCUAACAGUGCAUCAGGAAGUGGAGCUCUUGAACAUGACCCAUCCUCAAUAUACUUGCGUAUCCCAGCUGGUGAAGCAGUGCCUGGGCCACUUCCACUAGGAGUGUCUGUAAUCGACGCCUCUGUUGCUCUUUUUGGUGUUGUCUUUCCACAUGUCUCCUUUAAGCACAGGCUGCAAAUGCUGGAUCAUUUUGCUGAAUGUGUCAAACAAGCCAAAGGUGUUCGCCAGCAAGCUGUACAACUGAAUAUUUUCACAGCUGUGCUCAGUGCAUUGAAGGGUCUGGCAGAAAACAAGAGCUCUCUAGGUCCAGAAGAAGUACGUAAAUCAGCCCUGACACUAGUAAUGGGUGCUCUUGAUAAUCCCAACCCCAUCCUGAGAUGUGCUGCUGGAGAGGCUCUGGGCAGGAUGGCCCAAGUGGUUGGAGAGGCUUCUUUCAUUGCAAGGAUGGCGCAAUUCAGUUUUGACAAACUGAAGUCUGCCCGGGAUGUGGUUUCACGGACAGGCCACUCUCUGGCUCUUGGAUGUCUCCAUCGUUAUGUUGGAGGAAUAGGGUCUGGCCAGCAUUUGAAGACAAGUGUUAGCAUUCUCUUGGCCUUAGCUCAGGAUGGGACUUCACCAGAAGUUCAGACUUGGUCUCUGCACUCACUCGCCCUGAUUGUAGACUCAAGUGGACCAAUGUAUCGCGGCUAUGUAGAACCAACCCUGUCUUUAGUUUUAACUCUUUUGCUGACUGUUCCUCCUUCACACACAGAAGUUCACCAGUGUCUAGGGCGGUGCUUGGGUGCUAUCAUAACAACUGUAGGGCCAGAACUUCAAGGCAAUGGCCCAACUAUUUCUACAAUUCGCUCUUCAUGCCUGGUGGGUUGUGCUAUCAUGCAGGAUCACUCAGACUCAUUGGUGCAGGCAGCUGCCAUCUCCUGCCUUCAGCAACUUCACAUGUUUGCACCACGUCAUGUCAAUUUAUCCAGCCUUGUUCCGUGCCUCUGCGUUCACUUGGGCAGUUCUCACCUGUUGCUGCGACGGGCAGCUGUGGCUUGUCUCAGGCAGCUCGCACAGAGGGAAGCAGCAGAAGUUUGUGAAUAUGCCAUGAACUUGGCAAAGAAUGCAGGAGACAAGGAAAGCAGUGGCUUAAAUAUAAACAUUACAGACACUGGCUUGGAAGGAGUCCUGUUUGGGAUGUUGGACAGAGAGACAGACCGCAAACUGUGCUCUGAUAUUCACGAUACUCUUGGACACAUGCUCUCCUCAUUAGCUGUGGAAAAGCUGUCUCAUUGGUUGCAACUAUGCAAGGAUGUUCUAGCAGCAUCAAGCGAUGUGGGCACAACAGGCCCAGUGUCUGGAGGAAAGGACGACGAAUCAGAGAAGAAGGAUGAAAUGGAUGAUGACACCAUGUUUACUACUCUUGGAGACGAUGAUAAAUCAAAACCGUUUGUGGCACCCCGGUGGGCUACGCGUGUGUUUGCAGCUGACUGUCUCUGUCGCAUCAUCUUGCUGUGUGAAAACUCAGACAAAGUCCAUUUUGACCUUGCUCAGGCUCGUGCAGCUAGACUAAAAAAUCCUAAAAAUGAUCUUUUGGUCCUUCACCUCUCUGACCUUAUCCGAAUGGCUUUCAUGGCCGCCACUGACCACAGCAAUCAGCUUCGGAUGGCUGGACUCCAAGCCUUGGAGGACAUAAUUAAAAAGUUUGCUUCUGUUCCUGAGCCUGAAUUCCCUGGACAUGUCAUUCUGGAACAAUACCAAGCUAAUGUUAGUGCUGCAUUGAGACCAGCCUUUUCACAAGAUACACCCUCGGAUAUAACUGCAAAAGCUUGCCAGGUGUGCAGCACCUGGAUAGGAAGCAGAGUAGUAAGUGACCUGAAUGACCUGCGUCGCGUGCAUAAUCUGUUAGUCUCCUCUCUGGAUAAAAUACAGAAAGGCAAAGGAGCCUCUAGCCAGCUGUACCGGGAAAGCGCCAUGACAAUGGAAAAGCUGUCUGUGCUGAAAGCAUGGGCUGAGGUUUAUGCUGUGGCUAUGAACAUCAAAAAAGAGGCAGAAAACAAUCCUAAAAAGGCUCUCAAGACAAGUGAUGAAGAUGAGGAUGAUUACAGCACCACAGAUGAGCUUCCUCCGGAUUGUCUAAUCACACUAGUGGAGCCUGAGCUCCCCACACUUAGCCGACUCUGGCUAGCUGCACUCAAAGAUUAUGCUCUGCUUACCCUUCCCCCUGAGUUUGCCAGUCAGCUUCCUCCUGAUGGCGGUGCAUUUUAUACCCCCGAAACAAUUGAUACAGCCAGGCUGCAUUACCGAAACUCCUGGGCACCAAUCCUGCAUGCAGUGGCUCUCUGGCUCAAUUGUACAGGUUUCAGUAACUCAGAUACAGCAGAGGAUGGUGCAGUUGCAGGCUCUCAAAAACGUACAGCUUCUGCAACACUGAACCAGCCAGCCAGCACUCCACAGGGCACAAAGUCUCUUAUGGAAGUCAACAAAAACAGAAUGCAUCUGAUUUUAGGCAUCAGCAUUCAGUUCUUCUGUGCACCACGACCGGAGGAGCCUAUUGAACAUGUGACAGCAUGUCUUCAGGCUUUACAUAUACUCCUGGAGUCUCCAUUUGCCAGAAAUCACAUUGCAGAAGACCAGGUCAUUGGAGUGGAGCUUUUGAAUGUCCUUCAUCGUCUGCUCCUAACUUGGGAUACCUCUUCUGUGCAACUGCGGGUGACUACUGUAGUUCAACAGAUUGUGAGGGCUGCUCAACACAAUAUACAGGAGCAAAGAAACGCUCAAAAUAAAGAUGACACAAGUGAAAAAGAAACACAGGUACUGUUAGGGGAAGGAGAGGAAAGUGGUGGGCUGAUACCUGGCAAAUCUCUGGUUUUUGCUUCUAUGGAGUUACUGAUGUUCAUCUUAGUUCGACACAUGCCCCAGCUCAGCUCCAAGUUGUCAGACUCUCCGAGCCACAUUGUCAGCAAAUCACAGCAACUUUCAGAGGAAAGCAUGCGCCUUGUGGCAUCCACAGUAACUAUCCUCUCCGAGCUUCCCUCACUUUGCUCUCCAGCAGGAUGUAUGACAAUAUUGCCAACAAUUCUUUUCCUGAUUACAAAAGUUCUAAAGGAGACGGCAAUAAAGACUGCAGACAACCACGUUCCAUUGCCUGUUAGUGCUGCAUUGCAAGGGAUAAAAACAAUUGUCACCUCUUCAUUGGCCAAGACAGAAAAGACACAAAAGAAGUGGACAGAUCUUAUCAGAAGCACUUUAGCAUCUGUUCUGGAGAGUCCACUGCCAGCUGAUUCCAAACAUACUGUUGAUGAAGUAAGCAUACUGACAGCGAUUGUGCUAUUCCUUUGGUCUGCAAGUGCAGAGAUUAUUGGCGUGGAAUCACUACAGAAUGGCUGCAUCAGCAAGUUCAAAGCUGCACUGAACUCCAGCGACCCCUGGGUUCAAGCCAAGUGUUACCAGCUCCUGCUCUCCGUAUUCCAGCAUUCCAACAGAGCACUUUCUACACCUUAUAUACAUUCCUUGGCACCUAUCAUGGUUGAAAAUUUGAAAGCUGUGGAGAGGAAGAAACCGAAAAUUAACACAGAGGUUUUGGCUGUCCAGGAAGGCAUCAAAGUCAUAGAGACAUUGGUUGCCUUGGGAGAAGAACAAAAUAGAGUCCAGCUGCUUGCUCUUCUUGUACCAACGCUCAUUUCUUACUUGCUGGAUGUGAACACGUUCAGCUCAGCCUCCCAACCAUCAAAGGACCUACACGAAUUUGCACUCCAGGAUCUCAUGCGCAUUGGUCCUCUUUACCCCCAGGCAUUCAAGACUGUCAUAGGUGCAGCACCAGAGCUAAAAGCACGUCUGGAAACAGCCAUCCGAGCAAGCCAGGCAAGCAAAGCCAAAGCAGCCUCACGACAGCAAGCACCAGUUAUACAAAGUGCACCAACUAUUAAACUCAAAACAAGCUUUUUUUAAAUCUGCAUUGGUGCUGCAUUAAGUUUUAACAUGGACUAAUACUGCAAAAAGCCACUUUACACCUUUGCUUGGAUCAUUGAUGGUGGAGGGACACAAUGUGAUGGUGAAGGGACACAACGUUUUGGCACAGGGAAAUAUUCAAGUAUUGGGAGAUUAAAAAUUCCUUUCCAGACUCACACUAGUUAUCAGUAGAUGGACUAAAGGUUAUGCAUCCUGCCUUCAAUUCGUAGCUAUUUUAUAAAAAGCUUCAUAUCCCACUGAUAUACUCAGGCAUGCUGUGAGCUCAUUUGCACUUCAACAUCGAACAGAAUGUAGAAACAACUGUUUCAUUUUAUAAAUCAUCUAGUCACAGAGAGCUAAGCAAUUUUAGAUUGGCAGUAAGGCAAUGUCUUCAUUGUGGCUUGUGUUCUUUGUUACUGCUUGCUUUAUUUAUAUGGAUUGGGUCUGUGUUAAAAUGUGUAAAUAGCUGUCAAAUUGUUUUUUUAAAUACCAGCUCUUCUGCCUAGUAAGGGAUGGGGGUCAAGUAAGUUACAAAUAUGAAGUUAUAUUGGGAAUAAUUUCAAAAGCAUUAGGUACUGUACUUUUUCUCUUAAUAAAUUAAUGUAUAGCUCAGAGUCUUAAAGAAUGGAAGGAGUGAGGCAGUAUUUAGAGUUAUAUUAGUAACAUUGUGCAUUUGGUUUCUUUUUUUGUCAUUCCUUUCCUUGUUUCAUUUUAAUCCCUAAGUACUGUAUGUGUUUUAAAAGUACUUUUAAGUAAUUUAUUAGCAAUUUGCUGAUUUGUGUAUAAAGAUAAAUAAAUAGCAGUCAUUGUGUUUGUGCUUAUG